AUGACGGCAGCAGGAACCAACUAUGGGAACUUGACAAAGGAUCAGCAGGUUGCCAUUGAUGCAAUCGAGCGUGCCGGAUCAGUGUUGUCAAUAUUAGGAUGUGUCAUUAUCAUUGUCACAUUCUCAGUAUCAAAGGCUUUUCACAAACCAAUCAACCGACUCGUCUUCUAUGCAUCUUUCGGAAACCUGAUGACCAACGUCGCCACCCUCAUGGCUCGGGACUUCGUGUAUUCUCAAGAUUCAGUGGGCUGCCAGUUUCAGGCCGCCCUCAUACAAAUGUUUAUGCCGGCUGAUGCGCUUUGGACUUUGGCAAUGGCCGUCAAUGUCUAUCUGACCUUUUAUCACAAGUUUGACGCCGAAAGGUUGCGCAAGAUGGAAGUCUGGUAUUUUUUGUUCUGCUACGGAAUUCCAUUCAUUCCAGCGCUCGUCUUUAUCUUCGUAACGGAGGCUGGGCGGGGCCGAAUGUAUGGAAAUGCAGCGUUAUGGUGUUGGAUAGCAGCAGAAUGGGACGUCAUGCGCAUUGCAAUGUUCUACGGCCCAGUCUGGGUCGUGAUCAUAGUCACGUUCGCUAUAUAUCUCAGAGCUGGGCGAGAUAUCUACAACAAGCGGAGGCAACUACGGUAUUUCAGCAGCAGCCAUGAUCGCACCGACCCUCUUGUCACAAUGGACGACCCCUAUUCCCACAAGACUACGGAGGUAUCUGUUACUACAGAGGAUAUCAGAAACGGCAACGGCAACGAUGAUAUCGACCUGUCCACACUCGGUCCUAUUGUAAUAAGCGCGGGAACAGCACAGGCUUCUCAACAGUACUCGGUGACAAUCUCUUCGGAAGUACGGCCAGACCGUAACUCACGCCCUGGGUUUGUGCUUCCAGCUCAGAGCAACACUCAGAUGCGUGAUCCAUCUACAGCCCGACCCGGUCGUACGCGACGAAGAGCAAACAUGGAGGCUAACAACGCCGCAUGGUCUUACGCACGCUGCGCUAUUCUCUUCUUUACGGCUAUUUGCAUCACUUGGCUGCCGUCUUCAGCCAAUCGAGUUUACAGUGUGGUCCACCCAGGCUUUGCCUCGGUUCCACUGGAGUUUAUGAGUGCGGUUGUCCUACCACUCCAAGGCUUUUGGAACGCCGUGAUUUAUAUCUCAACCUCAUGGUCAGCGUGCAAAUAUUUCAUUUCAGAGAUGAAAGAUCGGUCAAAACGCUCCGAACAAACGACAUCCAAUUAUCCAGGCGAAUUCGCUGGGAGGAAUUCAGGUUUCAAGAUUACCAGCCGCAGGCCUAAACAGAAUUACGAGACGGAAAGCAUGACGGAGUUGGCUAUUGCCACGCGGCCGAAUUCCAACGACGAACCCAAGCAACGAGACUAA